ACCUGUUAACGGUCGCUGCGCCAAAAAAAAGAAGCGCUUUUUACGGUCUUGGUUUGUUCGUGCUAACAAAACAGAUCUCCGUUAGAAUUAUAAUUUGUCCUAUAAGAACUUUCGCAAAAAAACAGAAACAAAAAACGAUUUAAACGCUUUGUGCUUCAUGGUACCGUACGACAUUACUGACGCUCCUGGGACAAGUUCAAACAUGCAUGCUAUUGUUCAUCUUGAAUUCAAGCGAGUUCCAAUUCCAUCAUGGAAUAUAUUGCUUAUUCGAUUACUAUCUGAACAUUCCUGACGACCAUUUUUCGAUAAAUGUCCUCGCGCAUUGCAAGGAAGCUCUUUUCUGUUUCCACGGCAACGCGGCUUCGGCGUUUGUCCUCGUGGCUGAGAGGCGGAACCACAAAAAAAACGACGGCUCCUCGAUUCCCGAUCCCUGUGGGAGUCCUUAACGAUUCGGAGAUGCCAUUUCAGGACGGAGCCUACUAUCCUUACAGCAGUGACACCCAGGGGAACCAUUCGUCAGCAGGGAUCCCAUCCCUGUUGAAUUCCCCUCUCAGCCAGCACGCUGUAAAAGUCCAGUCUGCACUAGGCAUGGCUCCGGCCGGUGCGCCACCCACCAUUCUGCCUUUCAGGUUCCGCCAGCGUAGGGAGAGUGUGGACUGGCGGCGAAUCCACGCUGUCGACAUUGACCUGGUGAUUAGCCAGCUCGAUGUGGAUGUCCUUCAGGAGCACAUAAGCACGGUGACCUUCUGCAGCUUGGAUGGGGAGCGAUGUCAGCGCUGUCAAAGCCCUGUGGACCGAGCUCUCAUCAAGAUCCUCCAGUUGGCCCAGCUCACAGUUGAAUGGCUCCUCCACUGUCAGGAAUGUCUCACGCUCAAUCUGCAAGCAGCGGAGGAGAGGCUGGCGAGCGCCAACAUGCAGCAGGAGCAGCUACUGGCUCAGAUGAAGAAGCAGGAGGAGAGCAUGAUGGUGAUGACGGCCGAGCUCAAGAACAGGAGGAAGAUCAUACGCAAACAGCAAACCCUGUUCGCCCCACAAAUCACAAACAGCCAAAAGUGCACAUUUUGUAAAAAGAAGUUCCUCACAGCUUCAUUUCUCCAGAGUCACAUCCAGCGGCGCCACCCUGAUGAGAAUGAUAUACAGUUACUCUCAAACAGUGAGGAGAAAUCUCAGAUCCAAGCCCUGAAAUUUGAGAUGAACACUCUGAAGGAGCAGAUUGUUCAACAGCAACAGACACUGGAAGGAAAAACAGCUGAGAAUCAAAAGCUGCAGAGACACCUGGAAGAGAGUGAGCUACAGAUGCGAGAGAGUGAAAAGAAAUCUCAGAUUGAAACCCUCAAGCUGGAGAUAAAAAAUCUAAAGGAUCUUAUUCAACACCAAUACAUCAUACAAGCUAGACCAGCAGAGGACGAGAAGCAGCAAUCCAAGGACAAAGAUCUGCUAAAAGAACUGGAUCGUUUUAAAGAAGUAGAGAUGGUGCAGAUACAAGCCAUUCAAAAGCUGGAGCAUCAACAGAAGCAGCAGGACAAAAAAUGGGAGUCGAGGCUGGGGAAAAUCACUGCUCUUCAUGAGUCAGAAAAGAAUGAUUUGCAGAAAGAAUUGAGCAGAUUGCAGUCUGCCGUGUUGGAGCACCAGGAGCACAGCAAGAGGCAGCUUCAGGAGAUGCGAAGGAAGCUGCAAGAGAAGGAACAAACCAUCCAGGAUCAGAGGGAGCAGAUACAGAAUACAUUUUCAAACCCAUCCACUAAAGUACUUAAAGUACCAGUGUUAGUAAGUGCACCAGCUCCAGAGCCGAAAACAAAGAAAGUUGUACUUGAGGAGCUCAUCUCCUAUCCUCAGCUGGAUCCAAUCCAAGAGCUGUCCGAAGAGGAGGAAGACUUGACCAGCAUCCCUGAGAAGAGGCCAGUGGAGAAAAAGUCUGAGCCUGUUCCAGAGAAGAAACUCAGGGUGUCGGUCAGAAGGAACCCCAACAAGACCGAAAUCAAGCGACAUCUUGAGCAGGUUGUAAUGACGAAGCUGGAGAGCCUGGGAGUGAAGCCGGAUCAGAGAAAACUGAAGACCAAGGAGCUCAGGUCUGUUCUUGCUACUAUGCACACAAAGCGGCAGAGCCAGGCAAAACAGUUGCCUGACUAUUGGCGCCAUCGUGUGGACAUAACUAAUACUUUGGAGCGGAAGCUAAGCUUGAAAAGAAAGGACAGCAAUCUCCAGUCCAGACACUGUGUACAGGUGUUGCAGACGCGCCCUCGAUCCAGCAGUCUCCCUUCCAGGGCAUCACAGGGUAUCUCUGACGCUGUAGCCCGACAGGCCAAGACCCCCCAACCAGCUCCAAGAGUCAAGACCACCAUCCAACCAAAGACGUCUACACCCAGCCACAAAACUGCUCAGAGAGAACACACUCCCAAAACACCGCCUUUCAGUUCUUUUGUGGAUUCAGAAGAGGACGAUACAGACAUGGAGGACAAUGAACCUCUUCAACACCAAUGGGGCAAAACUUCACAGGCUAAAAUAAAUAAAGAGGAAGCAGUUCAAACCAGUGCAAGAAAAUCCAAUGUGAUCCAGGCGAGGCCGGCUCUAACCAGGCUCUCAUCCUCCAAAAGCCAGCUCGGUGGUGGCGUGACUACAACAGCGAUCAUGAAGAUAGAGAAUGACGAUGAUGAUGAGGACGAUGAUGAUGAGUUGUCAGAUGUCAGUGAGCUGCAGGAGAUCGAUUCCAGACAGCUCCAGAGAUUCAAAGACCAGAAUGGCAACAUAGAAAAGUCAAACUCUGGUAAAGUCAGUGACCUGGCAAGGAAAAUAGAGAGACAGAUUGCAAAUAAACCAUCAAAGAAACCGGUAGGGGGCGUGAGCAUCUUGCCAGAGUCCAAGGAUGAGGUUCAGGAAUUCUUGUCGUCAGAUCUGGAUGAGAGCAGCGAAGAUGCCAACUCCUAUUUUGAGGACAGACAAGAAAAGUUGAAUAUACCUCACAAUUCUGGAACAACGAUGAAGAGCCAGGACUCAGUCAGCACUAGCGUGUGGGACUCCUCCACAGGAAAAGACACUUCCAUAGGAAAAGCUUCCAGAUCAGGUUUAACUGAAGCUGGAACAGGGAGUACCUUGAAGAGCAGUCUGUGUUACCUCAGUGACAUCUGUGACUCAGAGGAUUUAAACAAUUAGGAAAGUUACACACCUGCUCAUCAGACACUGGUAAAGUUUCUGGUAAAUUGCAGAAGGAGCCACAAACAACAGGCAUCGCCACCUUGUGCUGUAUACAACCACAUCCACAUCACCGGGAAAAACCUAGAACCUCAAGUCCAUAUAUGGAAAACGGCCACAAUAAAGACAAUAUAUGUUAGCAUAGCUUAGCAUUUUCAAUAUUACCUCAUCCCUGCGCCAACUGUUUUGCACAUGUUUUCAAAUGUUUUUUUGUUUUAUUAUUUUCAGAUCUCUGGUACACAUACAGUCCUUGUCCAAAUUAUUAGACCACCUGUCAUAAAAAAGAGAAGAAGAAAAAUCACCUUUGCAUGCAUACGAAAUUUGUUCUCUGCAUUUUACCCAUCAUAGUGAACACAUACACAUGUUAGUGGAACACACUGGAGUAGGGGGCAGCUGAAGCACCCGGGGAGCAUUUUGGGGUAUCAGUGUCUUGCUCAAGGACACCACAGCUGUGAGUCCGGGGGCUGUUGGAGGAUGGUCCAGUCAGGGUCUUGAACCUAGGUCCCCCAUAGUGGCAGGCGAUGAUCUUAACCAUUGCGCCACAGCUGUAAACAUUAUACAGUAGAAGUCUUUCAAAAACAUCGUAAAAAAAGAGAGUUUUUCAAAAACAUGUCUUAAAUGUAAACUAGUCUUUGUUUUAGUAAUUUUGUAACAUUCAACCAUUAAACCGUUUUAUUUCUGUUCAGAAAUGCAAGUAAAUAGCAAAAGUCUGACAUCUCAAUAAAAAAGAAAUAAUGUUUUA